AUGUGUUUGCAGAUCGGCUACUGGAACGAGGCGAGAGGCUACGUCAACACGGCCAUCUACAAACCGUCGAUGGAGGACUUCCAGGACCUGCUCAACAGGACCUACAUCGUCACCACCAUACUGGAGGCGCCCUACAUGAUGCUGAAGAAGAACCACGAGCAGCUGGAGGGGAACGACCGGUACGAGGGCUACUGCGCCGAGCUGGCCGCCGAGAUCGCAAAGCACGUGGGCUUCGUGUACCGGCUGGAGCUGGUGGGGGACGGCAAGUACGGGGCCCGGGACCCCGACACCAAGCGCUGGAACGGCAUGGUGGGGGAGCUGGUCUACGGG